AUGUCCAAACGCCCAAGACACAUUGCUUGCCGCACUUGCCGGGAACGCAAGAUCCGCUGUGAUGGACAGCAGCCGUGCUCGAGAUGCGCUGGACAGUCGCAGUCGUGUGUCUAUACAACUCCGUCAAGCUCAGAUGCCGGAACUUCCGACCUCACGCAGCAGCUCCAGAUGAUGAACGACCGUCUCAGAAGAGCAGAAGCCCAGCUAGCAAACCAAGCAUGCUGGGCCAUCACUGAAGACCCCCUUGCUACCCCAGGCACUUACCCUUAUACCAGCUGGCCUACCAAUACCAUCCAGAGCCCCAUUCCCCUCAGCCCAUCUUCUUACAUGGCAUUGCCCAUUGACAUGGAAUCCCCGCAGCCCGAGUGGGCUUUGGAUACCUUUGCUGGGCUUCCUCCCGUCACACAGCCUUCUUCUGGCUCAUCUACAUCUUCGUCUUUUUCCAUUCCUCACUCAAAUUACGAAGAUCGUAUACUAUCACCGCAAAACAUGCUAAAACUCCAAGAAGCAUUCUUUCAAUCACACAGUCACCUUUUCCCAAUGCUCGAUCAAUGGCGGCACCUCGCUAAUCCCGUGGUGAUCCAGUCAGAGCCAUGGAAGAGCAGUAUCUACUAUGCCAUUUGCACCCAUGGGGCUUUGGUGUCUGGCAAUCCUUCCCUCGAGGAAGCUUGCUACCACCGCGCCCGAAGAGAACUUGAGCUAUCAGACAUGGGCGGGCCUGGAAGCCAGUUCUUCAAGAUCGAGACUCUGCAGGCCUCGUUGCUAAUAGCUCUGUACGAGUUCAGACGAUCAUAUCUACCGCGGGCAUGGAUCUCUCAUGCCAGAUGUACCCGGCUGGUCCAGCUGCUGGGCUUGCAAAAGCUUGACCGAGUCGGUGCGCCGGAGGAAGAUGAAGUAGAACUGGAAGAGAAGAGACUCACGUUCUGGGCUACCUAUGUCUUUGACUGUCUGAUCAAUAUAUCCUUUGGAGGCUCCCUGGCCUUUUCGGAGCGUGAGAUCUCUACCCGUCUUCCAAGAUACAUUCACCAAAGCUCAGAUAUACUCCCUCCCCAACAUCCUUUCACCCUAAGCCAUCUAUUACAGUCCCCUGAUCUAUCCCCAAUGACCCCAUAUAUGGCUACCAUCAUUAUUGUUACGACAUGGGCUAAGACCCUUAAACAUGCUCGGCAUGCAGACAGCUAUGAACUGGAUGACCAGAACCAACAGCAGUUCUGGGCCAGCCAUCAGGCGCUUGACGCUACCAUAAACAGGGUAGAAGCCUGUCUUGGUGACCUGACUCAGUUCACUCUGCUUGCAGAUCCCACUGUUUCUUUCCUAAACGCCGCUAGACAUGCUGCCGCAAUUUCACUUUAUCAAACAGCCAUCACCGCAGCCGUACCAGCCCGGCUGCCAGUAGCCCUGAUUGAAUCCUGGCAACUGAGGUGUCAGAACUCAGCGAUGGAAAUCAUAACACUUUCAGGGGUAAUGCUUGAAGGAAAUUUACUCCAUAACAUCAAGCAUUUUAACCCCUUUAUCCUUUUAUCUAUAUAUACUGCUUGUGCAUACCUGGCUCGAGUUAUCCGAACAGGCAGCCCAGACUCCAGGAUCCUAGACCCUAUUGAAUCUACCCUUAGGUCUUUUAAUCGAGCUGAGAUAAAGACCGCUAAUCCCACUCUUGACGUGUUCCUACCACGCAUCUUCAAAGACAUUGAAGAUACCCGGGUGUUUCCCGAGCCAAUGAUAGACCCGUCUCUCUGGCUAUUGAACUCAGGGGAGUGA